AUGUCAAGGCGGCAGCAGCCGCAAGCAGCAGCAAUGGGCGCCGGUGAUAAGGGCAGCCGCCAUGCUACGCCACCCACUAAAACCGGUGCCUCUCGGUUUAAUGUGGUUUUCCACCGCAACAGCGGCUCUCGCAAGCAGCGGGCGAAGCGGGAGGGUUUGCUUUCCGUCGCCUACGACGUCUCCUGUUUGUACGACAAGGAGAACAGGGAGUGCGUGCUGCGAUGCCGAGCGGCGGGGCAGGCCCCGAACAGGAUCUUCACCUGCAUGCAGCGCGCACAUCGUGGGGCGGACUGGGUGGUGGGCACAGAGCUGAACCUCUGCGGGUUCGACAUACUGGUGGAGGAGGUCAUGGAACUUCACUGUAUUCCGUACGAGGAGGCCGUGGACGCCGCGGGCAAGAGUUCAGAGGCUGGCGCUGGCUGUGGCCUCAUAACCUUCUGUGGUGCCAGCACUCAUACCACUUCCACGGCAUCCUCUGCGCAGACCCUCUCCACCGCUGCUUCUGUCGACCCUGAGAGAGGGCACAUAGCUCACGCACAGCCGCGCUUUUCUCUUCUGCCGCGCCAGACUCCUCUGCACAUCGUCACAGCUAUGCCGUCAUGGGCUACGCACGACAACGGUCCUUCAUCACCGACACCGUUGGAGGAUGAGGAGGCGCCGUCAAUAUGUGCUCCGCAGAAGUGGCCUACACUGAAAACGGAUUUGGACUCUGUGGGUACUGCUCUCACUGCGCACCACCCGACGGAUCCACCACCGCCAGCACCUCGAGACGAGCGUGGCAUCGACGGCAGUGUGUGCUCAGAUUCUUGCCCUCCUCACGAAUGUCGGCAGCGCCGGCGGCGUCGCUCAGCCGUCUCCCUGGCGCGGGAGCUGGAGCGGUGCUAUCCUCAGCAUUUUUGA